CCUCUCUUCUCGCGAUAGUUCCAUUCCACUACCCGGAGACGGAGAUACCCAGAAGAGAUGGCGGCCAGAGGUAGUUUUCAAUCAGCUCCAACGGGAGGUGGUGGCGGGGGAAUGGGACCCGGACCCCCGGUGCAAGGUGGAGGACCAGGUAUGGGACCUGGAACUCCUGGUGGAAGGAUGGGACCGUCAUCGGGCGCACAGAACCACCUCUAUCGCUCUCCGAUGCCUGGGCCUGGAUACCCGAGACCAGGUGGGAUGCCCCCAUCCAGCCGUAUGACCCCCCAGGGCCCGCCCAUGGGGCCUCCAGGCUACGGCUCCAGCCCUGUGUCCCGACCAGGGAUGCCCAGUGUCAUGGACCCCUCCCGUAAAAGGCCUGCCCCCCAGCAGAUCCAGCAGGUCCAACAGCAGCGCAACCAACAUACCAAGAAGAAGAAGAUGGCGGAUAAGAUUUUACCUCAGAGGAUCCGGGAGCUGGUGCCAGAGUCUCAGGCCUACAUGGACCUGCUGGCGUUUGAGAGGAAGCUGGACCAGACCAUCAUGAGGAAACGCCUGGACAUCCAGGAGGCACUCAAGAGACCCAUCAAGCAAAAGCGAAAACUUCGUAUCUUCAUAUCCAACACGUUCAACCCUGCCAAGCCCGACGCAGAAGACGGAGAGGGCACUGUUGCAUCAUGGGAAUUGCGUGUCGAAGGACGCCUGCUUGAAGAUACUGCUGUGUCUAAGUAUGAAGCAACCAAGCAGAAGAGAAAGUUCUCUUCCUUCUUCAAGUCUCUGGUCAUCGAGUUGGACAAGGACCUAUAUGGGCCUGACAAUCACUUGGUCGAGUGGCACAGGACUGCGACCACUCAGGAGACAGACGGCUUCCAGGUGAAGAGACCAGGUGAUGUAGGGGUACGCUGCACUGUCCUGCUGAUGCUGGACUACCAGCCCCCUCAGUUCAAGUUGGACCCUCGCCUGGCCCGUAUGUUGGGGAUCCACACCCAGACCAGGCCGGUCAUCAUCCAGGCCCUCUGGCAGUAUGUUAAGACCCACAAGCUGCAGGACCCCCACGAGAGAGAGUUCAUCAACUGUGACAAGUACCUGCAGCAGAUCUUUGAGACUCAGCGUAUGAAGUUCUCUGAGAUCCCCCAGCGUCUCCAUGCUCUCCUGAUGCCUCCAGAACCCAUCAUCAUUAACCAUGUCAUCAGUGUGGAUCCCAACGACCAGAAGAAGACGGCCUGCUAUGACAUCGAUGUGGAGGUGGACGACACUCUGAAGACACAGAUGAACUCCUUCCUCCUAUCCACCGCCAGCCAGCAGGAGAUCGCUGGCCUGGACAACAAGAUCCAUGAGACCAUAGAGACCAUCAACCAGCUGAAGACCCAGAGAGAGUUCAUGUUGAGCUUCGCCAGAGACCCCCAGGGCUUCAUCAACGACUGGCUGCAGUCACAGUGCCGGGACCUCAAGACUAUGACUGAUGUGGUUGCGAACCCAGAAGAAGAGAGGAGAGCUGAGUUCUAUUUCCAACCCUGGGCCCAGGAGGCUGUAUGUCGUUACUUCUACUCCAAGGUCCAGCAGAGGCGCCAGGAGCUGGAACAAGCCCUGGGAAUCAGAAACACCUAGACAAGAUUAUGUCAAAGAAAAGCAGGUUAACGGAGGAAAACAAGUGACUGUUGUCUCUGGGAGGACGAAAAGAGACGUUUUUGGACGUUCAUAUUUAUAAAUACACUGCUGAUUUUUUUUUUUUUUUGCUAAACGCUUAGAUAAACAUCUUAGAUAUAGACUGCUUUACUAUUGAUGGUAACUGUAGGAUAUAUUUUAACAUCAACUAGCAGCUGUUAUGAUUAUGUAUAAAUGUUUGAUUGCUACUUACUCUUUUAUAUUUGUCCCACUAAAAUAUAUUUUGACUUAUUUUCUCUCAAUGGUCAAUCUCUGUUUAAUCCCUAAAGCAUUUAUUUUCUGUGCUGAACUCUCUCACAGAUCUUGAGUCUAUAUUCAGGCCUAAGUGAGUUUGAAAUUACCCCCAAGCUAAGUAUUGAUGCUACUUCACAAUAACUAAUAUUGGGAAUUUUAAGUAGGGGCCAUGGUGAAAAAGCAUUGGGUUAAUUUUAAAUGCUUGGACUAUCUACCCCACUCUGAGUCCAAACUAACUGAUCAGGUGAUAGCCUACGCACACUACCAUUCUGCCUUUGGUCUGGAAUUGAUAUUCAGUGUUUGUUUGCUAUUGAUAGGGUUGUGUGAGUAUUCAGUGGCCUUCUAUUGCCCCGUUGGCUGUUCCUUUCUUACCAAGAUUAUUUUAAAUGCUUCUGGAAUGUUGUCAGAAAUUCUACUUUUAGAAUCUUGUGUGCUUCAAAAUUCCCCUAUGAACACUUCGAAGCAUGGUGAUCACACCUAUGUUGAUUAGUUAACCAUUUAAGUGGCCUUUUCAUUUUAAACUAUUUUGGAGGAGCUUUGUUUUUUUUGUAUAUUAAAAAAAAAAAAAAAUGAAAGUAAUGAAGUCUUGUUAGUUAGAAGUAAAGAAUAUUAAGGAAGUAGUGUUUAGUAGUAAUGAUCUCAAGUCUAUCUAGUUUUUGUAAAUAAUGAGCAGAAUAAUCUGAUGUGAAGGGGAAAAUGUCUGUUUUUUUAAAGGACAUACCAUCAUUUUGACUCAUUGUCUAAUGCUCCGUUUGCCUAAGACGUUCCCCUUCAAGUGACCCCAAUGGUUUAAUCCAGAACAUUCUCUAUAACCUAGCAGCAAGUUGCAGUUGUGGAAGAGGGAGAACAAGGUUUUAGGCUUUUACUGUUCGGUUCAGAUUAAUUCCUCUGGGUUUUCAUCCUUUAUUUGUUAGUGUGCAGAAGGCUAUCAACACCUGAGGAAGAGAAGCAUAGAGCUCGGUUCACUUUUUAGCUGUGACAGUCACGAAUUUCAGCUUUUUUGCUAGUAUGGCAGAAGGCUUUAGGCUUGUAGGUAUUUCUGUUUAGAUGUGACAUGUAGAGGAUGUAAGAAGCGUUAUCGUUAGCCUCAAUUCAGUAUCAGUUCAGUAGUUAAUUUAAAUACAUCUAUUUUCAAUGGGUAUUUUCAUAUUUUUUUUUCAAUAUUGAGUGUAAUUUCAAUCAACGUUCUGAUUUAAUGCUGAAUUGACCCCAAAACAUGUAAAAGGAUGAUACUGAAGACUGAUUUUAAAUCUUCAGACAUGAAUUGUAUUUUUUAUUUCAUGGACCAAACCUAUUUUCUUCCUGUAUGUUUGAACCCUAUGCUAUAAUAAAGGAUAUCGUCAAUGAUAA